AUGGGUAGCCCACUCUCGGGCGACUUCUGUGAAAUCGUCGUCAGACAGCUCGAAAGUAAGGCCCUCCCACCUUUCCUUCCUAGCAUCCUGAUUUAUAAAAGAUACGUGGACGGCAUUCUUAUCAUAUGGAGAGAGGUCCCCAACAUGACAUCUUUCAUCAGAACCAUCAACGACAACCUUUUCAGCCUAACAGUUGAACUGGAGCAAGCUAGUACAGAGGAAGUCCAUUUCCUCGACAUUGGAAUAAAAAUAGUAGGACCCACCAUCCACACAGCCGUAUAUCACAAGCCCUCAUCCACCCCUACGUACAUAACAGCUGAUUCUUGUGACCCGUUCCCGUACAAGGCAGCAGCCUUUAGGGCUCUGGUGGAGAGAGCAUUUUCACACUCAUCCACCAAGCAAGCCCUAACAAACGAAUUAGCCCGCAUCAAAAGGAUAGCAACUGAGCACGGGUUUCCGAACAUGACACGCCGCUUGGUUGAACGAUACCAACGCCAGAAACACUCCCUAACCGCAACAAAUGCCGCCGACCCGCAGCAAGAUAGCCCAACACGGGUCCCCAUCACAUUCAACCCGCACCUCAAGACUGUGCAUAAGAAGAUAGCCAGAGAGCACGGGAUACAAUUGGCAUACAGAAGAUGCCCCACAAUUUUCC